GUUCAUUUUGCUGUUCACAUCAGUCCUGAGAGCCACGGCACCUUCCAUUGCCGGGAGUGAUUUUCUCUUUAGUUUCAAAACAAUGUGUGAAACCCUGCUCUGCAGAAACAGUAGCCUCAGUAAGUUUAAGGAUGACUGAAGCUAUUUCUUCUCCCAGGGAGGUUUAAAAGCUGCGGAGGGAUGAAUGGGGCUAGACCUAUCGCUGCAUUUCUAGCAGCCAUCCUACUACAGCUUUGAAUAAAAGCAGGAAUGGCAUGUCUAUCCUAGGUUAAUAAACCCUACUGAGUGCGUACCUUAAAGCACUACAAAACAGCCUUAACUCAGCUCGAGAUAACUAAUUUCAAGCAUGGCUGUCUAGUGUGCCUGUCAUUCCUAUUGUCCUUCCAAACUAUUUCAGACAUUUUGAGCAGGGAGUACCAAGCUUCGGGUUAGUGGGGGUUGUGACAUUAAUGGUCCAAAAAAGGUUUAAGCACCAGGAGGGAACGAUGACAGCGCUUAACAACUGGUGGCACUUGGGAGGAUUCCGCUGGAUCUCUGUUUAGUAAUAAUUAGGCUUCGCCUCGGAGGAAGAUGUGACAAGUGUCGGAGGAGCAAAUAGAAAGCACAGAGUAUGGGAAAACAGUGAGAUGAACGGGAGUGUCUCUCCAGCAUGCUCUUGACUCGGAAAAGCAAAUACCAUCCAAGGACAAGCUGGUCUGAUGGAGGUGACUGAGGGAAAGGCUGUGAAGCCCCUGAUUUCACACUAGCAUGAGCAAGGAUCUGCAGGGUUGAGCAAGCGCUGGAGAAAGAGCUGCACAACUGCUUCUGCACAGCCCCAGCAUUUCGGAAAGUAAAGUCUGCACAGCCAGUUGAGGUGCUGCCCAUUUGUGUGCCAGUCACAGACUCGGCACAAUAUCUGGACUGUCCCAGCCCUCAGCCUGCUUUCCUGCCCAACUCCUGCAGCUUUCUUCCCAGGAGCGAGUGAGAGGGAUGAACUUUGCCAAGGGACAGUGAAGGUACUGAGCCACACUGAGCAUCCUGCCCUGUCGGGGAUGUCCAUCAUGUCCCAGAGGAGCCUGGACAGCCGGGGAUGCACAGGCAGAGCAGAUGGGAAGAAGAGUUUUUAUGAAGGUGAGGAUAACAAGAAGCUUAAUAAAAUAAAGUUUGGAGAGAGAAAGCUCAGCGUCUUGGGACUGACUUUAUUCAGAGGUUCUUCACAGUCAUGUCCUUCUGGCAGCUUGUUUCUGAAUAAUUACUGAACACUGAUGCUUUGCCUCUAUUUAAAAAACACGGAGUGACUAAAACUGCCUGGGAACUGCAAGAGCGGCGAGAAAUAUUUGGAGACAUCAAGAGACAGGAUACACAGAAACCUCCUGCUUGUAAAUAAGCUGUUUUCCCAAAGGUGGAAACUACAGAAAUAUGUAGAUGAGAGGGAAAAUCUCCCUGUCAGAUCCCAUUGAAAUCUCCGUUUUGGGCACGGCUACUCCACUGCUGCUAAGAUUGCAUCAACGGGCUCUGGAGGGAGCCCGCAGCCAGUGCUCUUCAGAUGGGAGCGCAGGAUUUGCAACAUGGGGCCCAAGAGAGACAAGGAGCACAGCAAUGGGAAAGGAAAGCAGAAGACCUCAGCACCCUUCCCACCUUCAAAGCUGGUCCUUCCAUCGUCCCACUGCAUCAAGCAAAGCCAACACUGGGCAACCCUCUAAAAUGUUUAUUUGGACCAGUGGACGGGGCUCUACAUCUUACAGACAUGAUGAGAAAAGAAAUAUUUACCAAAAAAUCAGGGAUCAUGAUCUACUGGACAAAAGGAAAACAGUCACAGCCCUAAAAGCCGGAGAAGACCGGGCCAUACUCCUCGGGCUGGCCAUGAUGGUGUGCUCUAUCAUGAUGUACUUUCUCCUGGGAAUCACCCUGCUGCGGUCUUACAUGCAAAGUGUCUGGACAGAAGAGGCUCAGUGCUCGCUGCUCAAUGCAUCCAUCACAGAAACUUUCAACUGCUCGUUUAGCUGUGGUCCAGACUGCUGGAAAAUCUCUCAGUACCCCUGCCUCCAGGUGUACGUUAAUCUCACCUCUUCUGGUCAGAAGCUUCUGCUCUACCACACCGAGGAAACAAUGAAAAUUAAUUCUGAGUGUUCAUACAUACCCAAGUGCAGCAAGAAUUAUGAGGAAUCCAUGUCACUGGUGAACGUGGUUAUGGAAAACUUCAGAAAGUACCAACGUUUCUCCUGCUUCUACGACCCUGAAGGCACUCAGAAGAAUGUGAUAUUAACCAAACUGUACAGCUCCAACGUGCUGUUCCACUCUCUCUUCUGGCCCACUUGCAUGAUGAUCGGCGGGGUCGCCAUCGUCGCGAUGGUAAAGCUGACUCAAUACCUUUCCCUCCUCUGUGAAAGAAUCCAAAGGAUUAACAGAUAAAAACAAAAACUUCACUGAGAUCUAAUUACAACUAAAAUACUGUUUUCUCAUUCUUCACCAAAGAACCUUAAGUUUGUAAUGUGCAAGUCUGUUAUAAGUUCCUUACUAUAUUCUUAUAAGUAGAGCAAUAAUGCAAAAGCUGUUCUAUAUGCAAACAUGAUGUUAUUAUUAUGCAGACAACUGAAAAAAAUACUGUUUUGUGUUGAUUGUCUAUACAAUCUUGUUUUAUGCUGAGACUAGUACUUUUUUUCUUUUCUACAGCCAGGAUAGGGCUCAGUGUGACCAUUUGCCAAGCUCAGUCAAAUGACAUUUUCAAUGUAAAGGAUUCUGGGGAAAUUAACCACUGGACAAAAGGCAGCCAACAACCUGUGCAUCACUGAGGUCUAAGAUCUGGCUCAGUCCAUUCUAUUGAAUUGUGGCUUUUUUUAAUGCAGGCGAAAAAAAGCAGAGAGUUGGCAGAGGGUUUUGGUUUUUUUGGUAAAAUGGCAUAAAAGGGACAUCUUUUGAGGUGAGGAUGAGCAUACAGUAUUUUCAGCCUAAGUAAGACUCAGUGAUGCUUUGUGUUAGCUCCACCCAGUUCAGGAGUAAAUUUUACCCUAUGGUGUUUAAGGUCUUUUGCAAAACAGUUUGGAGUUUUAUUUAAUGCUAUAAUUUCCGUCUGUCUUGUCAUCAUCUUCAACACUUGUAGAAGCUGUAGCCAAAAAAAAAAACAAAAAUCACCUUGUUCCAUUUUCUACCCCAGUCUGAACCCUAUUGAUGGAAAUGGGACCAGAACACCUUAUGUAAAGGUUUUACUCAUUUGUCUUGUAUUUGCUACCAUAUCACUGUAAAGAAAAAAAAAAAAAACCACUAUCAGCUAUUUUUUCAUUUUUUACUUCCAACUAUUUUAGAUUUUUUUACUUGAUAUAUAUACAGAUAUAUAUAUAUAUAUAUAAAGAAAAAGCUAUAUUAUACCUAGUUGUGUAUUGGAACUUCAUUAUGGGGUUUUUUUUCCUUUGUUUUUACCAGCUGGAAAGUGAACAGUAUAAGUCACAUAUUUAUAACCUUCAGCCUUGGAUAAUAUCAUAACAUGGAGGAGCAGCACUGCAGGAUCUUAUCCAAUAUUCAUGAUGUUGUUUCAGUCAAAGGUCCCUGUUGCUGUGAUAUCAGAAUUGACAGAAGUCUCAUCCAGUUCUACUAUAGUUCUAUUAACAAAAUUGUUAGAUAAUAAUUGCAAUACAUCUGGAAAUCCCUCCUUUAUUCAAUAUGCAGUGCUGGCUGACAUGAAUUUUGAUUUAGAAGGCCCAGGUAUAAUGAUUUAUUGGAAAAACUGAAACUGACUAAAAUGUUGUCCUAUCUGUCAAAUAUUUACCACAGGGUUCUUGCAAGCAUAAUUUCAUGCACACUAUAGUCACGAUUUCUGCAUAAUUUACUUUUAUUUUGCAGCAGAAAGCAUUCUCUUAUGUUUUAAAGACACCCCUCAUAGUUUCUCACUUUGCAACUCAGCCUGAAGGACAAAGGCAAGGCAGCUCCUGUGAGCACCCUGUGAACUCACUAUCCAAUAGCCCAAAGAAACCACUACAGGCCUAUUCAAACCCAGAAUUUAACACUUCUCCCCCUUCAAAAAGGCUGCAAAGCAAGUAUUCUGCCUAAUUCAUCUCUAUAUAUAUUUUUCUGCAAUGUAGCAUUAAAAAUUUCAAGAUGUUACAAAACUUUACAAGUCAUGCAAGUAUAAUGUGAGCUGUAAAAAAAAUGAGUUCUCAGCAGUGAAAAUGAACCUGCAAUCUUGUAAUCAGUAGUAUAAUUUUCCUUAGGUAAAUAAAUGCCUGGAGGGUGGGAGUAUAAUCAGGGCUUCAAAAAUAUAUAAUAAAAAUAUUAAAUUAAA